CUCUUACAGAAGUGGGGCGCAGAUUGUUGUCAAUUGUGGACAGAUUACAUUUAUUCAUUUGAUGAGGAGCCUGUGACAUAUCUUGAUCAUAAUAACAUGAUUUGUGUUAAGAUGGACCAACAUGGAGUCUCCGACUCCAAGGAGGGAAAUUAUGUUUGCCAAAUUGGCAGCAGUGGUAUGGCUGUUGGUCACAGUGUUGUCAACCCUAGCAGCCGGCGAAAACUAUCUCCAAGAUCCGAAAAAGUGUGGCAAGCCUGUCUGCAAAGAUGACAACAAGUUUGCGUAUGCGGCUAACACUAUCUACAGCUACAAAUACGGAGCAAAAGUGAGCACACAGUUGGAUGCAGCUGAAGCCAACGCCUCUGUGCUGCAUAUCGAUGCUGAGUUCCAACUAAAGUUCCUCACGCCGUGUCAAGCCAUACUACAGAUAACCAGUGCUGCCCUGUCCGACGAUCCAGACCGCUCAGAAGAGUCGGGGGAAUAUUGGGGUGGCAGAGUUGGCAACAGUGACGACGAAAAUUCCCUCCGAUUCAACGAUGCACUCACACAGUAUCCGCUCAGAUUUUACAUGGAGAGCGGAGCGAUCAGUGAGAUUUGUCCGGAUGAUGAUGAAAAAGUUUGGACACUGAAUUUCAAACGCGGUCUGCUGUCCUCGUUCCAAAACACCAUGACAAGACUCGACAGAAAUCAUCGUGCUAUUGAGCGAGAUGUGAACGGGGAGUGCGUGACCAGGUACAGACUGGAGCAUGUAAAUGGCACCACCCUGGUAGUGAGCAAAGAGAAGCAGAUGCGUGACUGCAUGAAGCGCUACAGCCUGCAAUCAGUCCUGCCAAUGCCCGAUUACGUCUUCCAGUCGAAAUACCACCAGCACUGGACGCCGCUCGAGUCGACCGUGCAAUGUGAGCAGUCUGUGGAUCACCGCGUGAUGACGUCACUCGAGUGUCGGGAGAUGCACGCCUUUGAGCCACUGCGCAUGGCUCGCGAGCACAGACUAGUGCGCACAUCUACUGCGCACGUCUACACACUCAUCAAUGAGGAGGCAUUCACCAGCUAUGCCCAUCUCAAUGCCGACACCAAAAUUGUGAACCGCAGAGAAACAUUGCUCUAUCAACACGAACGACCGUCGAAAACUGACAAGAAAAACCUGCAACUGGCCGAAAAUCAUAUCAGAAAUUUGUGCGAAAUGGAUGCUGAUUCGAACAAUUUUCGCAUGGAGCUGGCAGAUGAGUUGAGACGAGUGGUGUACAGUAUGAGACACUUGGAUGAAGAGUAUCUACAGAGACUAGCGCUAACAGCGGACGAUAUAUGUACUACUGGAAGAAAACAUGUGCUGCAAGCGAUGCCCUACGUGCAAACACAGGCCUCCAUUAGAGUGAUGAAAGACAUCCUGAUGUCGGAGGCAGAUCUGUCUGUCAUAUCAACGUCUCACUGGCUUUUCACAAUGGCGCUCUUUCCAAGACCGGAUGCUAGAGUGUUGCAAUCGAUGACAGAGCUGGCAAUGAGCGACCGCCAUGGAGCAGAGGCCAGACUGGCCGCAUCAGCUGUUUUGCACUCGUAUUGCGGUGGUGCCAAGUCGUGCCACCUGACCGGCGAUGUUGCCAAACUCAUUGCUGUCUGCGAACAGGAAGCUCGGCUCGCGUGUGCUGGUGACGUCACUGCCAAUGUUUCCCAGGCAUUGACUUCACUGAAAGCUCUGGGCAAUGCAGCUGUAGUGACGCCCACUCUGAUGUCCACCCUAGGCCACUGUAUAACCAGACGACCACAAACUCAGCUCCGGCUCAGAAUUGCUGCCAUUGAAGCGCAUAGACGCGUGAGCUGUGACAUGGACCGUAGUCACCUGCUGGCCGUCUACUUGGACCAGACAGAGGAUGCUCAGCUGAGAAUAGCUGCCUACAUCCAGGUGAUGCAGUGUCCCACCUAUACCACGGUCAAGAGUGUCAUCAAGGCUCUGCAUGAUGAACAGGUUAACCAGGUCGGUUCGUUUGUGUGGAGUCAUUUGUCGAAUUUGGCCAAGUCGGCGAUGCCGGCCAGGGUGAUGGUGCAGGCCCUGCUGCAGGACGAGGAGUUGGCAGCCAAGUUCAGCUCGGAUCUGCGCAGCUACUCGCAAAACCUCGAGACAUCCGUCUACAUCAACCAGUAUGGACUCGGUGGAUUCGUGAGCGGAAAUGUAAUCUAUUCUCCAAAAUCGUAUGUGCCGCGGACUCUAAUGCUCAAUUUCACCGCAUUUCUUUUUGGCGAGCCUGUCAAUCUAAUUGAGGUGACCGUGGACUUGGAGGGCUGCGAACAGCUGAUUGAGAAGUGGUUCAGGGGUGGAGUGCCUCCUCUCCUCUCUCCCACUUUCGCCUCCUUUUUCUCCUCCUCAUCCUCCUCCUCCUCUCCCUUCUCCUCAUUUUCGUCUCCUUUCAAUUUGUUUCGCUUUGCUCGCUCGGUCAGCAAGGACCUCAUUGCUCAGCUGCCCGAUUUUAUCAGCGAAAAUUUCAAAAAUACCAAGGCAUCGAUUGGUGUAAAAGUGUUUGGACACGAAUUGGCGUAUUUUGCGGUGGAGAAUCGACAGCAGUUGAAUGCCCUGCUAGAGACAGUCGAUCCACUUAGAAUUGUCAAGGACUUCCUCAGUGGUCAGGAAAUGAAAGUGGACCGUAUGAGUAUGCUGGUUGAUUCAACGUAUGUGGCUCCCCUGUCGGUGGGUCUGCCCCUGCAUCUUGGCAUGACUGCAUCAGCCGCCAUUAAACUUACUCUGGCCGGAUUCGUGAACACGACUACAUUCACCUCGCACGGCCAUCUCGAUAUCCAAGGCAAACUCAGGCCUAGUGUGGCAUUGAGCGCUAUAGCCAGGAUGUCGGCUGAUGCUUUCUAUGGUAGAACCGAGGCAAGACUGGAAGGUCGGUUGCUGAGUUCAUCUGCCCUGGAGGGAUCACUCAGUGUGAAGGGCAAGACCUAUGUGCGGCUCUCCUUCGAUCUGCCCAUGCACAAGGCCGACCUCAUCAGCGCUCAGACACGCCUUGUAAUCAGCCGCGGUGGUUCCGUGGACCACUACCACCAAGGCGGCACCAAUUCCCCCCCACCACUCGAGGAAUGCACCUGGCCUCUCCUCGAUGAAAUGCUGGCUCUGCGCAUGUGCAGUAAAGUGCAAAUGCCUCAGCCGACAAAUCAGCUGAUUGCUGCUCCACUGCUACUGUUGAAACAGCCGCUCCACUUUGCGCUGUCUCUAGAGAAGUCCGACCCCUCGGCCACACGCUACACAUUCCUCUACACCGUACACGAGCAGCCGGCUGAAAACCGAACGCUGAUGAGCGCCGUAUUCGAGACGCCCGGCUCUCUAAUCAACAGAACGGUGCGGGCAGAAGUGGCCUACACUGAACACCUCUACAACAUAUCACUGCUCGUGCAAUCCAAGAACAACCGGCUGUCUGCCCAGGGUAGAUACGUGCGUUUGCCGCUGGACCGAUCACUGGUGUUUGGCCUGGACAUAAACGGCAAGAAGCAUGUCGACAUUGAGGUGUCGUGGAAAUCAACGCAGGGCAAAUAUGGAUACACGCAUCAGCCCAAGCUCGACUUGCAAAUUAAUGGCAAGAGUGUUGCCCAUCUAGAUGGCACACUGAAGUGGGUGGACAAGAAGGGCAUAGCACAGUGUGACGUGGCACUGAAUUUCCGCACGCAGCGCUUUGAGGCGACGGCACACGGCUAUAUUCGCGUGAAUGAAGCCUCGUUCGCAGCCAACAUAGCAUUGGACUACCAGUUCACUGUUGCCAGUGUGUCAGCGCCCAGCAACCACCAGCAGCAGCAACAGUUGCGGGUCGAAGUCAAACUGGGCGAUCGCAGCACAAAGCGAGUGCAGCGAGUGUUCGGAGGUCUACAGCUCGAGAGCACUGCCUAUCCUAACAUCAACUUGAUUCUCAACAUCAAACUGCUGCGCGCCCAAGAACACGUGGAGUACAUAGCCGACCUGCAAACGAAUCCACCCGCCUCAGGGGGCGUGGCCUCACCAGACCUGCGCAGACUGAGUGCGCAGGCGUCGUAUGCGUCGUUUCGCACGUUUGCCGGCUACAAGACGAGCACAUUUGUCGAACUGCGCAAACCUGAUGUCGGCCUUGACCUCAAACUGGGCUAUGCGCAUGAGCAGCGACUUCAUACCGACUCUAAUCAUGUGAUUGUUGUCAGAUAUGCACAAGGCAAGGAGAUAACAGUGGCAUUGGAUCUGAAGAUGCCACCGGGCAGUAUGUUCUACUUUGAAGGUCAACUGAAGAUCAACCUGCCGGCCGCCCAUCAUCCAUUCAUAGUGGCCGCUCUUAUUCACGAGAAGUCACGCAACGAGUAUGAUAAUUUAACAACGCAACAGAUCAAAGGCAAGGAGAUAACAGUGGCAUUGGAUCUGAAGAUGCCACCGGGCAGUAUGUUCUACUUUGAAGGUCAACUGAAGAUCAACCUGCCGGCCGCCCAUCAUCCAUUCAUAGUGGCCGCUCUUAUUCACGAGAAGUCACGCAACGAGUAUGAUUUGGACUUGAGCGGUGCCUGGUUCAGUGGUCACAACAUGACGAUUCGCGGCCAUUACAGUGACAGAUGCACUCCGGCUGUGACGUCACACACUCUCAAACUGCUGCUGAGUGCUCCUUUGCUGCUCGACUCUGAUUGGUCGCUGGCCACCCGGCUCUACGCCACGGAUCAGCAGAGGAAGCUCGACAUACAGGUAACGUACUGCAAGGAGAUAACAGUGGCAUUGGAUCUGAAGAUGCCACCGGGCAGUAUGUUCUACUUUGAAGGUCAACUGAAGAUCAACCUGCCGGCCGCCCAUCAUCCAUUCAUAGUGGCCGCUCUUAUUCACGAGAAGUCACGCAACGAGUAUGAUUUGGACUUGAGCGGUGCCUGGUUCAGUGGUCACAACAUGACGAUUCGCGGCCAUUACAGUGACAGAUGCACUCCGGCUGUGACGUCACACACUCUCAAACUGCUGCUGAGUGCUCCUUUGCUGCUCGACUCUGAUUGGUCGCUGGCCACCCGGCUCUACGCCACGGAUCAGCAGAGGAAGCUCGACAUACAGGCUGCACAAGGAGUCUCCCAUAGCGGUCAGACACAGGGUACGGCUGCUGUCUAUGAACUCCGACUGGAAAACCAAUAUGAGCCACUGGUGUCACUCGAAAUUGGAGCCGAAAUCAGACUGAACAGCCGGUUGUACACGAUGCUGACACACAUCGAUUUGGCCGAGCGUCGACUGGCACUCGACCUGCACCUGGACAGAGCGCGUGACGUGCGCGUGGAUGCGAGUGCAUGGCGCAACCAGAGCUCGAUGCUGAUUGGUGCAGCCGUGCGUUGGGACGCCAAUCGCGACCCGACUCGGUUUGUGGCGCUAGAUUUGAAGACGACCAGCACUGCGGUGGUGGCGCUGACUGGUGGCGCAAGUGGCAACUAUGCGGUGUUGCAGUCUGCUGGCCGCCCAAGUGGCAACCAGUAUGAUGCUCAACUCACCGUCGAGUAUCCGGGCAGGAGGCUGGAUGGAGUGCUCACGUUCACCAGUGUUGAGAGUGAAUUUCGAGGCUCAGGCAAGUUGAGCUGGAGCCAGCGUGAUGCCAUCGACACCAAUGUCUACCUGAAGUUCGAUCCGACCAACAGUGGGGUUGUGCUCUUCAACUCGGAAAUACUCACUCCUUUCGAAAUGUGGGAGAAGACAUCCUUCACUUAUGGAUUGUGGCUGGACGGUGGCAAGGUUCGUUGCAAUGCGACUCUGGACUGGAUGCGCAGUGAAUGGUGCGCAUUCGAUCUGCAGGCCGGCUAUCAGCUGACCAAUCAGCUGACUCAGGUUGGCCUUGAGGCUAGCUUGAACAGCAGUUCGCCGGAUGUGAGUCAGCUGUUGUUGAAGGCCACGCAUGCUCAGUCCAGCAACCGAUACGACACGCUGUUUGUCAUACAGUCGUCAUCAUCUCACCAGAUGCGGGUGUGGUCAGGGGCGGAGCUUAACAGCGGAGUGGGCGGGGCCACAGCAGUGGUGGGAGGAAUUAGGCUGAACACCCCAUUUGCGGCUCUGCAACGUGGUCAUGUGGAGUACACAUUGAAAGUGCAGCCGGCCCAUUGGGUGUCGGGCCACUUCUCCUUCAAUGUCAAUGAUAAAACUUAUUCAGCCAACUUCAAAGGUGUGAUGCGCUCUCUAUACGAGGCAGGCAUCACUGCUGAGCUGACCACUCCCUAUGCAGCAUACAGUGUUCUGCGAGCACAGGCUGGCUAUUCGACGCUCAAGCGCCGCCUAUUGGCUGAAGUGCGGAGGGAAGGCGGGGCUAGUGGUGGAGUGGGCGUGGCUAGUGGUGCAGGGGGCGUGGCUACCGGAUUUGAAGUGAUUUGUCGGCUGGAUGAUGUAUACGACUUCAAUGUUAAGGUGCAUCUGUAUACUGGGUUCACUGUGGCUACCGACCUGCUCUUAGUGGCUAAUAUUGAUCCUGAGCAUGUGGACAUGCGUUGCGGCUGGAACGGAGCGACAGUGGGUGUCGCCGGGGUGGCUCACAUCACUACAGACAGGAAGCUCUGGUACACAGACCUCGACUACAGUGCUAUGCUCUAUUUGCCGGUGGAGCAUUAUGCUAGGACCGGGGCAGCCGUGCGGCUACAGUACAAUGAUCGGCUCGAUUUGUUGGCUAGACUCGAGGCGGCUGAUAAAAAGUUGGGAGUUAAAGUGCAGGCGAUGGUUUGGCCUGAAGACAGUUUUGCUAGGAUGACGUCAUCAGUGAUCGCCUCCUCCUCUUCCCCACUCCCUUCAUCUCCCUCCCCCUCCCACUCCUCCUCCUCCUCAACAGUGUUUGUUGCCAGCCUGAUGGCCGGAGAGGACAUUUUCAGUCAACUUCACGAUAUCAUUGAAAGCAGGGAAAUCGACGAGAAUGACAGACUGGUGAUAUGGCGGGGCGUGAUUGAAGUGGACACAGUGGUGUAUAACACGUCGGCGGCCAUCUUGGAACUGGACAGACUCAAAAUGGAGGAGAACAGACAUGACCGGUACAAUGUGAAUGCUGGCAUUCAUCUGCCUUUCAUUGCUGUGCAACUCACUGAUAGUCUGCUCAUCCAGAAUUUGGUGAACAUGAGCAACGUCCUGUUAGUGACCAGCACACACAAGUGGCUGAAGCAGGCGACAGUGGUGUACGAGGCCAGUGGCCAGUUAGUGGCGGCCAGUAACAGUGGCCAGGCCAGUAAACGGUUUGCGGCCAGUCUUAAUGCCAGUCUACUCACUACCCAGCUCACUCCGCUCAAUUUAACACUAGCCGUGAACUACACCUUUUUGGCUAAUGUUGGAGGCGGAGCAAUAUCUUUGUCGCCCCUUGGCGUUGGUUCACAUCACCUCUGGUUGGACGCCCGUACACCCCUGGCUUCACUUGAUCACUGUCUCAUAGAUGCCAGCUAUUCGCUGGACGCCUCAUCGCUGGGCACCCGGCUGCUAGUCGAUAUCAACCAGUCGAUGGUCGAUGUGGCCGGUAGCCUAGUAACCGACGCCGGUGCGAAUUUUGUCAACUCGACGUUUUCGCUGCAAAUCAAGUCCCCGCACUUCGUUCUGCCCGUCUGCCAGGUGGGACUUGAAAAGGACUUCACUCAAGUUGAGAAGAGGAUGAAGGGCUUUGUUGUGUUGCCUCCCACUCAACUAAAUUCCACCAAUAGGAGAUACGAGGCCACAGCCGGCUGGCACCUGAGCACGGACUUUGUGCAACUUGAUGGCGAGCUGCACACUCCAAGCCCCGCUCUAAGUGACCUGCGCGCGCAACUUAGAUACCACAGAGACAAAAUGGCCGCCGAACAUCACCUCGACGCUAAUGCUCACUACCUACAGGACACACGCAUGCGGUUGACAGCCCACGUGAUUGAGGCAGAACGCCGGGUGGAGGUAGCUGUGACGUCAUCUGUCGACGGUUUAAGGGAGGUGCGGCUUAAAGGACGUAUGCUACCAGCUGAUAACGACACUAGCGCGACAGGAGUGCAGCGGUUCGAAGCGGAACUAGGCGAGAGUGGUGAUCUGAGACUGGAGGGAUGGCUGACGAUGAAGCCGACCCGGCUCGAAAUGCGACUUGUGCAGAAACAAGAUGGCAGCCUGAAGCCGGGCGAAGGAGAGUUGGCCAGUGUGUCGGUCAGGUUCUCGUCAGACGAGAAUAGAUCGGUCGAAUUUGCGGCUCUAAUCCAGCAGCUCGAUGAUAAGGUGGACAUAAGCGGUGACCUUGAAACGCUGGCCGACCAAUCAAAACGCUUCAAACUAAAAACGACCACCACCUAUAAGGGCUACGAAGGAGUGGAGGUGGGGGGAAGGCUUGCUAGUCGUGACGUCACCGACACGACACUGCAACUACACGACACGAGUAUGACACUGCAACGACACCCGCACGACACAAAGGCGACACGGCAUGAGUUGAUGGUCGAGGUUGGUCACACUAUCAUAGAGAAAUUUUUGCAGGUGGACAUAAGCGGUGACCUUGAAACGCUGGCCGACCAAUCAAAACGCUUCAAACUAAAAACGACCACCACCUAUAAGGGCUACGAAGGAGUGGAGGUGGGGGGAAGGCUUGCUAGUCGUGACGUCACCGACACGACACUGCAACUACACGACACGAGUAUGACACUGCAACGACACCCGCACGACACAAAGGCGACACGGCAUGAGUUGAUGGUCGAGGGCGAAUCACGCACCGAAUGGCUGGAAACCGAAUUCAAAUGGCAGUGCAUAGCAGAUCUAGGAGCUAUGGCCAAGGGAGACUUGAGUAGAGGUCUACUCGAAUCACAUCUGAAAGCCACUCAACUAACUGCCAACGGGCAACUCAGCUGGUUAUGGAUGUGGAUCACCGAUGUUAGGCUCAAAGGUGUGGCCUCUUAUGCCUACAAAGAUGUGGUAAAGAAAGACCUGCACACCGAAGUAUCUAUGUGGAAUCCGAACCCAAGUUUGAGCAACAUCACCCUGUUUACAGACAUCAGUUUCAACGAGAGAAGUUGGUGGUUAUCGACCAAUGCUUCCCUAAUCAAACCAACCAACCAUUCAGUUUCAAUCUCCGUUGAUCUGCUGCCUCCUCAAAAUCAGACACGAGAGAUUUACUCGGUUGUGGGGAAAAUGGCAUAUCAACCAGAUUAUACUGCUUUUAGUCACCUGCUGCGCUAUAGUACAAGUAGUUCCCAAACUCGCUACGAGACGCUGUCACAAGUAGCGCUAGCUGACACCUCGAAAACGGCACAGCUGAUUUUCAGGGACGCCAGUCUACAAAACUCCACCAAUUUCUACUUUAACGACAGUUUUGUGUCGGAAAAAACGCGGGAUAAUUCGAAAAUCUACAAUAUUCUGUCUACUAGUCUGUUGGCUUCUGAUUUGGAGACUAACCUAACCUAUCACAGUCGAAAGAGGGUGGAGAAUGGUGAUAGUCUAACCUCAACGGGAACUGGUACCAACCUAACCUCACAAAAUGACCUUACAAUGGAAGGAGGGAAAACUAGUACCAACCCGACCGCAAAAAAUGUCCCCACAGUACACGAGAUCAACUGUCAGAUAUUCUACCCGCAGCCGCGUACAAUACUGGACGCGUUCGUUAAGUUUCAAGACGUGAACAAUUUCCAGGCAAAGUUGAACAGUAGCACUCCGUUCAGGAAUGUGAGUCAUAUAUCGGCUGUAGUAAGAGCCGAAACUGGUGACCUAUUGCUGCAUCGGUAUGGAGAGGUGUUGUGGAGCAACACUAGUGCCUACCUCAAUUAUGUGCACAAUGUCAAGUGGGAGAAGGAUGUCAAAGUUUUGAACGGUUUGGCGGAUGUUGUAUUUCCGUUGGCCACUAAACAUUAUGCAACACUUUUGUACAAAAUUGAUAACAUCGAGAAAAACGGGAAAUUGUAUGCUAAUGGAACUUCAACCCUGCUCUAUAAUAAUAGCAGUUUGAUUCUGGCCAAUUUCACCAGGCAGGAUCAGCUGGGUAAUUUGAGUAAUUUGCGGGCGAUAUAUGAUGUACGUCUGAUAAAUAGUGAGUUGCCGUUGAAUUUCAAGUACUAUCACACGCAUCGCAGCUGGAGAAACGGCGAGAAUGGUGAUGAUUUGGAGGGAAAUAAUGAGGUUUUAAAGGGAAAAAUUGGUAGAAACGACGAGGUUGUGGAGGGUAAUAGGGGACAAAAUGGCGGCCACAGUUUAGGAGGUGAAAAUAGCGAGGUUUCAGCGGGAAAUAGUGAUCAAGUUAAUGAGGUUUCGGCGGGGAAAAUUGGAGGGAAUAGUGAGGUCUUGACGGGGAAAAUUGGAGGGAAUGUUGAGGGAGAAAUUGAACUAGAUGACUUUGUGGAGAGCAGAGACACGAAACAGGUGGUGGUGUGGAAGGACGGGGAAGCAGCCAGAAAUUUCAGCGGCGUUUUCGAGGUGACCCGCUACCAUGACAACCAGAAGCGGCACUACAAAAUGGCCGCCAAGCAUACCACGCGCGACGUUGCCGUCGAUUUGUGGCUGAAGCGGCAACGUCGCUUCGAAACGAGCGGCAGUUUUGUGUUGAAACCGGAGCUGUGGUUCAGGUAUGCACUGGUCGGUGAGAACAAGGAUAGAGUGGGUGAGGACGGGAGGAGGUUCGAAUUGGACGUGGCCUACCCUGAGAGGAGUGUGGGGGUGCAGGGCGAGUAUAAGCUGGUACAACGCCUCUUCCAGGCCGGCGUGCAGCUCAAGUCAAAUCGUACAGGUAAACGGGAAAAGCGUUUCGGCGGAAAACUGUCGUGGAAAACGUUCAAAAUGGCGGCGGGAAAGCACAGCGUUCAACUGCUCCUAGAUCACCCACAGUUUGAGCAGCCAGUGAAGCUGCAAGCGAAUGUGUCGCACAAUGACAGCCGAUGGUUUGAUGUGCGGGCAUCUGCCUCCUACAGUGUGGAUAGGAGACGCACUCUGGCCUUGGAUGGAUGGCUCGACAAUCUCUCCACUGGACUCAAGAGAUGGUACAUGUUGGUAGCUAGAGUGAGACAUCCUGCCACCCGUCUUAGCUUAGCCAUGGAUGGAAGUCUAAGCAGCGACGAGAACGUGGGUGUUGUGGAAGCCACCAAAAAUAUCAGCUAUAAACGCAGCUAUCUGCCUCUACAGUACUGGAACGCGUCACUGCUAUUGGACCGACCGGCACGCCACCUGGUGUUGAGACGGGAAUCUCUGAGGGAUCUCGCCGAAAUGGCCAUCAAAUAUCAGCGACUCCAACGUGGCGUGUAUCGUGUCAAUUCUACUGUUGUCAAAGGCAAAGAUCUUCACUUGGUGGGUGAUUGGCUUUUGAACGUGGCUCAACGGGACACCUCGGCUUCAGUUAAUGUAAGCUCUGCAGACGGACUUGAACACAGGUUACGAAUGGUCGCUUGGUACCGAGACAGAAGGCACUUGCAUGCCCGUGCUUGGAUGGAGGAGGAGGGCUCUAAGGUGACGUCACGUGAGGAUGUGAUGACCAUGGAUGCUCGUCUCAAUCACUCGCGAAUCUUGACUGCCUCAGCCAGGUGGCGCAAGGAUAUCAGGGCGCAUGUCACCAAUAACCUACAGGUUGCCUGGGACUAUGUGUGGACAUAUGCGAGCCAAACAGUGGAGUUUUGGUCGGAAUACAUGCGCAGUGAAGCAGUGGAGACAUGCGCCGAUGUGUGGAGAGACGCCAAGCCCCUCCUACAGGACUUUGUAGCAGAUGUCGCCGAUGUACGCAACUUCACCAACGAUUUCGACUAUUUCAAACGAAAUGUGGAUGAGGCAUUUGAAGCGAACGAAUUCUACCUGAGAGAUGCCUACAACGUCUAUCUGUCAAUGAUUGAGGAAAUGUCGUUCCAGGACAGAGUGGGAUCGUUGCCCAAAAUUGUCGCCGAAUUGUGGCAGGUGCUGGGUGAGACGGGGGAAACGAUUCGGCAGUCUCUGGUGUGGACCAUAGAGAGUGUCAGAGUGAGCUAUGAGAAGCUAUCAGCCGUUGUGAUGCGAGUGGCAAGGGGCGAUGUAAUGACGUCACUCUCCCAGUUCCUCUCCAAGGUCACAGCCAAAUAUGAUCGUGUUGUCAAGGACUUGCACAUAUCAGUGAUGUCUUCGCUGGACCGCUUGUGGCGGGACAGCGGCGAAUGGCUGCAUUUGCAUUGGUCGCGCGCGCUUCAGUACGCCGAGCCCACCGUCAUAAGACUGGUGCAUUACGUCGACUCAAUGGCCUGGGAGCAGAGCCGCCGCAUAUUCGAGCUGUUCGACCGAAGCCAGGCCGAACUGUUGCAGUCCGACUACUUUGCCAAGAACACCAACCUCACACGCGAUCUCGAACGUUUAUACAAGAAUCUCACUUCAAAUACGCUGGCUGCCAAUAUUCAGAUGUAUUCUAGCUACAUGCUGGCAGUGCUUAAUGACAAACUAGUCGUUCAGGUUCCCUUCGGUAGAGAACUGACGGAGGUGGGUGGCGAGAUCUACGGGGAAGUACUGGAGUUGGGCAAGCUGCCUCUGGUCAAUGCCACCAUUCAGACUGCGCGCCAAUUCGCACACAAAAUGGCCGACAUCUACAGGGCGUUGGACGUCGAACAGCGCAUGCGUCAAGCGUUGCCUGCGCUCUAUCGGCGGGCAACCGAACUGGCAAGCAGUGCGCUCGACAAUGAGAUGAGCAAUCACAAACCGAAAACGUUGUUCCUAUUCAGUCCGGAGAAAGGCUUCAUCAUACUGGAACAAAAGCUGCCCAUGCCUUGGCAUGCUUUCAACGAAACACCCAAUUUCCAGGAAAUCCCGGAAUACAAGCGUCUAGUAAAGAUGCAGCUCUGGUUCAACCCGACCAAUUCAUCUCUAUGGUGGACGGCCUAUCAUUCAUAUCUGCCUCUACUCGACUCCACCAAUUGGCUUCCUCCCUUCAGAGCGCAUGCUAUAAUAUUGACCAAUCAGCUGCGACUGGUGAGCUGGAAUGGGCGUGGCUUAGCGAUGACGUCAUCAUCCUCGCAAGCGAUUGGUCGAUGCACUGCUCAUGCGCUGUUGGCUGCCGAUUUUGUCGACCGCGACUUUCAACUCAUCUUCACUACACUCAACGACAAUCGGAGACAAGUUGUGCUAAUGGCUGGCGGUAGCACUGUAACAGUGGACAUGACAAGGCAGACGGUGUCUGUGACGAGCGGCGGUGGAGGGGGAAGACAGAUGUCCUCGUCUCCUCCUAACAGUAACAGCACAGGGGGCGUGGUCAGUGGCGGUGGGGGCGUGGCCAGUGGGGGAAGGCGGCUGCCAAUAGACGUGGGCGCUAUGUCAGUUGUGCAGGAAAGGGGCGUGGCUACAGUCACUGGUAAACGCGGGUUCCAGUUGCAGUGUGCCUUCCAGCACGGUGUUUGUGUCUUCACACUGGAAGGUUGGUACUAUGGCAAAACAGCUGGCCUGCUGGGCACAAUGGACAGCGAGUGGAGCAACGACCUGACAACAGCUGACGGCCAGCUGACAGCUGACGCGGCCACAUUUGUGGACAGCUGGCUGUUGGGUGGAGGCACACACGACAUUUGCCAUGUGCCAACUCACAGCUCGGCACGCAACAUGGGCCCAGGUGGGGCCACACCGGCUCAGCGUCAGGCCAAGUGUGCUGCUCUAUUUGCUUCCAAGGAGUCAGAGUUGAGCCGUUGUUACAAUGUGGUUGAACCAGGCUUCUACCACCGCUCGUGUCUGGGCCAAAGCAGUGAUGCGGCUGAUGACUGGCAUGAUGCCGAUGAUGAUGCCUACUGUGCUGCAGCGCUGGCCUACAGUCAGGCCUGCCAACUGGCUCACACACCCAUCAAGGUGCCGGCCACCUGCGUCCGGUGUCGCUUCUCUGAAGGCACAGAGCUGAGCGAGGCAGAUGCCCCAGUGGAGCUGAGUGGCGCCAGCAUGCCGCAGUCGAGUGACGUGGUGCUUGUGGUGGAGGCGGGUGCCUGCACGCGUGCGUUGAACAGUCGCAAGCAGCUGCAACAGAUGGCUGCAGCCGUCGACGACGAACUCACCAGGGUGCAUCUUGUGCGAAACCGGUUUGCAGUGGUAUCUUACGGAGGUGUGGGUCUGUAUGCUGAGCCCAGGCUAAUGACGGUUGAUGGCAUGGAUUUCACCACAGCUAGGUUGCUACACGAACAUUUGGCACAUCUGCCUUCAGAAGCUGGCCCCAGACCGGACGUAUUUGACGCACUGCGUUUCACAUUCAGCUUGCAGUACAGAGCAGGUGUGUCUCGCACUCUGAUUGUGGUGCUCUGUUCUGACUGCUCUCCACAGAACUCCUCCCUAGAUUUCUCCACUUUGAGACAAAUGAUGGCUGACAGAUCGAUCACAUUACAUCUGCUUAUGGACCACGAGUUCAGCGUCGAAAAGGCUAGGGCAGUGAAGACCCUAUAUGGCAUAGAUGCAGACAAGGCCUACACCAAGAAUGACUUCAAGCAGUUGCAAGGAGAUGCCGAUCUAAGGAAACAGGUCAAACUUUCCAAAACUACUCUGGGAAAUUGUCUUCCUUUGGCCAUUGAGACUAAUGGUACGAUAUUCACGGCGCGCAAACUGGACACCAGUGGCGGGGCACAGAACGUGCGCAAGUUCCUGAACGUGUUUGCACGUCGUGUUGCAGCAAGCGCACAGCCGUUGCCAUGCCAACGCUGCGAAUGUGUCAGUGAUGCAGGGGGUGUGGCCUACUAUGGAGGAGGCGGGAUGAUGGGCGUGGCUUACGGUGGCGGGGGAGGAGCUUACGGUGGAAUGGGCGGCGCCUAUGGUGGUGUGGGAGGAGAGAUGGGUGUGCCUUCGUUUGACUGCUACUCGUGUGAUACGCCCAGUCCGUUUGCUGGUGGUGCAGGGUCUUCGUCACCUCUCAGCUCGUUUCAUAGUGUUAGCACUUUUGGCUUCCGAAACAAUUUCACUGAAACAUUCCUGCAAUCUUUGUCCAGUGAUGGAGAGGACAUGGAUUUCGAGGAUGGCAUUUAGAACUUUCUUUUUAAAUAUUUUAAAAACUUACCAAGUUUAUUGCUCAAGUUUGUUGUAUAUACCGUAAUGUUACAUGAGGUUUCUAUUGCUUGUAAUUUUUAUUAAAUAUAUUAUUUAUAAAAACGU